AGGAGAGGAGGCGAGGCGGCGGGUGUUCUGCCGAGGUGGACGUGGCGGGUCCGGCGGAGCGAGCUACAAGUGACGGGCAGCGGAGCCGAACCGAGGCGGACAGCCGGCCAUGAACCGGACCCCCCGCAGGCUGGUCUCUGUCAGGUGUGGGUGCUGACUGCGAUCCUCCGUCUGAUUGGCUCUUGGGGACUCGGGCCCUGCAGCCCCUCCUGAGUCCGGACCAAACCUUCAGCACUGGGGGGGAGGGGGGGAGUGGAGGGAGGAGGAGGAGCUUCAGUGAUCCUUCAGGUGUGACAAGCAGCACAGGGAGGAGGGUUAGCUCCGCCCCUCGCCAUGACAGACUUAGAGACUGAGUGCCUGAGCCUCGGCCUGCCCCCCGAGUGCAGCUCACCUUCACCGCCUCUGGACUCGUCCCUACAGGGGGACUGUGGCCCGGGGCCCACCGGAUCGGCCCCGACACCCACUCUGGCGCUCCUCUCCUCCGACUGCCCCACGCCGACGCUCAGCUCGCUGGCGGCGGAGAUCGCAGAGCCGCUGGUGAUGCUGCCAUGUGUGAAGAGCGAGCCGGAGGACGGAGACCUGGAGCCCAUCAGGACUGUGGACCUGUCGGAGAUCCAGCCGCUGUCCACUGCCGAGCUGGGCCAGGACCAGAUCAAGAUGGAGAUCAGCGGCCUAGACUACAUCAAGUCCGAGCACCAUGGUCACCACGGCAACCAUCACCUGGGCCCGUUUCACCACAGCGACGUCACUGAGCUGGACUACAAGUCGCACUACGAGCCCAGCUCUGUGUUCGACUACAUCUCCCAGGUCACUGACACUCUGGAGUACAUAAAGUCGGACCAUCACGUGGACCUGCAGUGUUACUACACCACCGAGCUGAGCUCCCUGAAGUCUGAGUACGCCGACUCCAACGCCAUGUCCACACACCUGCAGCACAACGGCCUCGAGUCCAUCCACAUGGCUGAGCUGCGCACCGAGCUCAACAAGCUCCGCCCCGACGCCCUGCUGAUGGACGGCAUGGGCAAACUGGACCCUGAGUUCGGAGGGGCGGCGCUGUACGAGCUGCAGCCCGCUGAGGUGGGAAAGACCUCAGUGGAUUUGGCAGCGGGACAGGGAGCAGGAGGGAGUCUGGUCACGACCAAAACUCAGAGCUCGACAGUUAGGAAGCCUCGCAACAUGCAAGGCGAGAAACCGUUCUCCUGCACGCAGUGCGGGAAAAACUUCAGCACGCUGGGGAACCUGAAAACUCACCAACGCAUCCACACUGGCGAGCGGCCCUACACCUGCUCGCAGUGCGGCAAAAGCUUCGGUCAGGCGGGGAACCUCAAACGCCACCAGCUGAUCCACACGGGCCAGAAGCCCUACGUGUGCGCUCACUGCCCCAAAGGCUUCACGAAGGCCGACGACCUGCGAUCGCACCAGCGGCUGCACACCGGUGAGCGCCCCUUCAUCUGCGCCACCUGCGGCAAGAGCUUCGGCCAAUCCAAGGAGCUGAAGGCCCACCAGCUGAGCCACACCGGCGAGCGGCCGUACUGCUGCCAGCACUGCGGCAAGAGCUUCACCAAGGAGACCAGCUAUCGCAACCACGUGCAGAUCCACACUGGCGAGAAGCCCUUCACAUGCUCGCAGUGCGGAAAGACUUUCAGCAACUCGGGCGUCUUAAAAACCCACGAGAAGAUCCACACCGGCGAGCGGCCGUUUGGCUGCACGCAGUGCGGCAAGAGCUUCGGCCGCCUCGGCCACCUGAAGGCGCACCAGCAGAUCCACACGGGCGAGCGACCGUACGCCUGCCCACAGUGCGGCAAGACUUUCAGCCAGUCAGGCCACCUCAAAGCACACGAGCAGAUCCACAAGCGAGAGCGAGCGGACACUGCCAGCACCAGCAGCGAAGGCAGCAGCAGCACUGUGGGCAGCGACAGUAGCUAAGAUGAACCUUUAACCUCCGGAGAAACAAACAGAGUUGAGAUGUUUUCAGCAGCGUUGGGUUCGAAGGACCAAACUCAUCAGCACAAAGGAACCCGACCUCCCUCACCCUCCUCCCCCGUCCAGAUCGCUCACUGUGUACAAAUCUUCUAUUGAUUAUGUCAUUCCUAAAAAAAUGUAAUAAAACUAAAAAAAAAAACAACAAAAGACGGAGGUGACGCAGCAUCUUGUACUGGAAGAAGAAUUAUUAAAGAAACUAAUGACAGUC